AUCUCUGUUGACAGCAUUUUUUUAUAUUACCUCCGUGGGUAAAACCGGUAUGGGGGCUUCGGAGAUAACGGACGCGACGAAAGCCGCUAUCAUUAUGUUUAUAAACGAAGCGGGAUCGCCUCGCAUGACCUUACUUAAUGCCCAACACUGUAUUGACUGUGCUCGAGUAGGUUUCACGCUUUCGGCGAGCAUGUUAAGUCUCCUGGUUUUGGUAGUCCUGUUGAUUGGUGCGUCAUCCCAACAAGAAGAUGACCGUCCAAUCUGGGAAACGCACACCGACUGCGAGAUUCCCAACGAACCCAUCCGUGGAUUGUGUCGGGUUCCGAAGGAGUGUACCGCCUUUCAAGAGAUCAACCGUGGACCGGAACUUGCCAGCGUAGGUCGCAUCAGCUUUAUCCGUGCACUGGCAUGUGAAGAAUCAUCGGACGAAACACUGAUCUGCUGUCCACGAACCGGUAACUACACGGCUCCUCAGCUUUCCACGGAACUCCCUCGGAGGAAUCGUAACGAAUCGUUGGAUCUUGGAAACCGGUUCGGUGACGAUUCGGCCCAGUGUGGAUUUCAGGCGUUCAAUCCCAAAAUUCAAGGAACCAUUACCGAAAUCGACGAGUUUCCGUGGGCUGCAUUGCUGUUCUAUCAGAACAGUUAUCAUGGAUGUGGUGGUGUUCUGAUCAGUAGAAACUACGUGCUGACUGCUGCGCAUUGUCUCAGCGGAAGAAGUUACGAACGAGUUGGACCAUUAGCAUUCGUACGAUUGCGAGAGUACAACAUCCUAUCGGAUCCGGACUGUAUGGUGAUUUCGAGCGGAAAUGAACUGCAGAUGGACUGUGCGGAAGAAAAGAUCGAUGCGAUGCCCCGCUCGAUCAAGGUUCAUCCGCACUAUGUGCCUAAAAGCCAGCAACAACAUCACGACAUUGGGCUGGUGGAAAUCGAUCGCUCCGUACCCUAUUCGGAUUUUCUGAGACCGAUUUGUCUACCCGAACAGGGCAUGCGAACUGGGUUGGCCCCGGGACGAAUGCUCAGUGUUUGCGGUUGGGGAAAGACCGACUUUUUUAAUACCAAAAUUGCCACCAGUAGCCCCGUUAAGAUGAAAGCUCGGCUUCCUUUUGUUGGCCAAAGUCAGUGUAGUAUGGCGUACGAGUCCCAGUUGAUAUCGCUGGGUCCUGGCCAGAUCUGUGCCGGUGGUAAGAAAGAUCGUGACUCGUGCGCCGGAGAUAGCGGCUCGCCGUUGAUGUUCUACGAUGCUUUGCAUGGCGUUUGGGUGCUUACGGGAAUCGUCAGCCGGGGUGCAUCGACCUGCGGGGAAGCCGAUCGACCCGGAAUCUACACCAGCGUGAAAGAGUACCUGCCCUGGAUUAAGCGGAAUACCGGGUUGAAUUAAGUUUCGGAACAUUGAAUAAAUCUUGUGAGGAAA